AUGGUAGGAAUAUGUGGUAUAUUGGGCUUAGUGUCUUUAUUAAUUAUAGGAAUUUUUUUAUUUGAUAAAACUAAAGAGAAUCUUGCUCAGGCGAUUAAAUAUAGUGGGUUUAUAAAUUUACUUCUUUUAACAUUAAUAGUAGUAAGUGAAGAAAAUGAAAUAUUAUUAAUAAAGUGGGAGUGAGUAAAACUGGGAGGAUAUAGAUUAUCAAUCAGUUUUCGUUAUGAUAUAUACACUUGUUCAUUCUUUGUAGUUGCGUUAUACGUAACUUGAAAUAUCUUAAUUUUUUCGUUUUAUUAUAUAUCCACAGACCCCCGAGUGGACUUGUUUUGUAAAUAUUUGGGUUUAUUUUUAAUUGCUAUACUUUUACUGGUUAGUGCUGAGGGUUUUUUCCAACUCUUAAUUGGCUGGGAGGGAGUAGGGAUUAUGUCUUAUUUGUUGAUUAGCUGGUGGUAUGCCCGAAGUGACGCGAAUACAGCGGCGCUACAGGCUAUCUUUUACAACCGUAUUGGGGAUAUUGGACUUGUAAUCAUACUUGUUUGGAGACUAAUAAAUACCUCUGAUUGAACUUUCACCUCUUUAUAUGCAUUAGAUAUGUUUAAUGUUUUUCUUGUAGUUGGUGUUGUUCUUGCAGCUAUGGGUAAGUCUGCUCAGUUAGGUUUACAUCCUUGAUUACCCGCUGCUAUAGAGGGGCCUACACCAGUAUCGUCCUUACUACAUUCUAGCACAAUAGUAGUGGCGGGGGUGUUUUUAUUGAUCCGGUUUAGCCCCAUUAUUUUAAUAAACAGUUAUGCUCAGGCGGGGGUGUUUUUACUGGGGACGAUGACUACAUUAUUUUCUGCUAUUUGUGCUCUUGCACAGAAUGAUAUAAAAAAGGUAGUUGCGUAUUCAACUGCAAGUCAAUUAGGUUUAAUAGUGACAGCUGUUGGUGUUGGUGUGCCUCAGUUAGCAUUUUUACACAUCUGCAUGCAUGCAUUUUUUAAAGCUAUGCUGUUUAUAUGUUCUGGGGGAUAUAUUCAUGGCUUGCAAAAUGAACAAGACAUCCGUAAAAUGGGGGGAUUUUUAUUUGCUACGCCUAUUACUAGAAGUUGUUUAUUUAUUGGUAGUGCUGCGUUAAUAGGAACCCCCUUUCUAGCGGGGUUUUUUUCUAAAGACCCAAUUAUUGAAGCGAUUAAUAUUAGAAAUAUGAAUAGUUGAGCUAUCGGUCUUGUGCUUGUAGCAACUAGAUUUACAGCUGUAUAUAGUUUUCGGUUAAUAUUCAUAGGGGUUGGUUCGGCUAGUCGGAUAUUUACUUUACAACCAAUAAAUGAAGAGUAUAAUAAUUUAGUUGGGCCGCUACAACGAUUGUGUUAUGGUAGAAUUGUGGCGGGGGUGGUAUUUAUUUAUUUUUUAAUUCCAUAUCAAGUAAGAAUUUUGUCUUUACCUUUUACGUUAAAAUUAGCAGCGAUUAUGGUGACUGCUGUUGGGGGAUUAGUUUCUUGAGAUGUUGUUAAACUAUUACAUACAAGAGAGGGCACAGUUAAUGUAAAUUAUUUAUCUUUUGAGGCACAAGUUGGAUUUUAUUCUCACAUCAUGCAUAAAAUUAUACCGAAGGUUUGAAUAACUUUAGGAGAAAAUUAUCAAAUACAAAUAAUUGAUCGUGGGUGGGCUGAAUUGACUUUACCUCAGGGAUUCGGGCAAAAUUAUAAACUUCUGGCAGAUAACAUUAACCAGACGCAAACAGCGUUGGUGAAAAUAUACAUUGCUAUUAUAAUGCUUAUUUUAAUAAUGAUAUUAAUAUUAAUUGCUUUAAGUUAA